GCUUCCUGUUUGUAAUAGAUUUAGACUAGGGAAUUUCGAUCAAGCGGACGGCAUCUUUAAAACACCGAUUAAGCUUGGCAAUAUUGAGUUUUCUGCUCUUCAUUUAGAUAUAGAUCUAGAUAUCUAUCUAGAUCUUACUUCGAGAAUGAAAUUUAAAAACCUGUUGGAUUAGAUGGCUGGAUAAUUUAUUCAAAAAUCUAGAUCCAGAACUAGAGGUCUACUGAACUAGAGAUCUAUCAUCUAAUCUAGUUAAGACAAAUUGCAAAGAACUCUAAGACAAGUCUUUAUGAACAACUUUAACAGUUUUUAGCAGAAUUUAUAAUUGACUUUUUUCAAAAGUAAACUAAAAAUUAUAUCAUAACAAUGGUGCUCACAGCCAACCCGACACAGCAAGAUGAGGAUCCUGUUUACGAUGUUGUCAUUGUAGUGGAAAAAACUGCCAAUUUGGUGCCUUAUUUGGAGGAAUUAAAAACUGCAUAUAUAAUUCCUGCAUUGGAACAUUUCAAUGGUGGACCACCUAGUCCAAUAGAUACGGGUCAUGAUUACAAUUGCACAUUGUAUUGCAUGGUAACUUAUACAGCAGGUGACUCUGCACCAGAAAUGGCUUCAGAUUGCACCUACCCUACAACUAGUACUUAUGAGCUCCUCCAGGCUUUUGACAAUAUUCAGUUUAUAGGAGGUGCAGGUCAGAGUUGUAGCCAUGUAUCUGAAGGUUUGAGCACUGCUCUUCAAUGUCUAGAUGAAAUUAAACUACUAAGAUAUUCUGGCAAACAUACACAGCGCCACUGUAUACUGAUCUGCAACUCCCCACCCUAUCACAUAACAGCAGAGGAAAGCCAAGACUACAGAGGAUUUAACAGUGAACAGCUAGCCACUAUGAUGGGAAAGCGUGGGGUUAAUCUAUCCAUUAUAUCGCCUAGAAAGAUUCCUGCUUUACAGAAACUCUUUAAUGAGGCCUGUGCUGGGGACAAUUUUCACAAUCUUCCACAAGCUCAUUACGCAAUUGAUCCUAGACAUCUUGUUCUUUUAAAAGGAUUUCAACUGCAAGAACGAUCAAUUAGUCCAAAAUUUGAGGAGAAAAAAUUAAAUGCACCAAGCCCAGCAUUAAAACAAGCUGAUCAAGUGCAAAAAGAAAGUUUUAAAAUACCACCAACAAACCAGUCAGGUUUACAACAAGCUUCUCCACAACAAGUGUUACAGGCUCCCCCAAUGCAAACCACAAACCCACAGAACUCUGUAUCAAACACAGGGAAUUUAUCUUCCUUGGAUCCUCUCAUAGAUAGAUCUGGUUUACAGGGGGGAAACAUGGGUGGUAAACAGCCAUUAAUGGUUCAGCUGCGUGCCCAGAAUCAAAAGGCACAGCAGCCCCAAUCCAAUUUAACUGGACCUGUACCAAUGCAGCCUAGAAUGCGUACUCAACAGGACCCCAACAUGAUGAAUAAUAUGAUGAGGCCAAACAUAGCAACUAGCACUGGUCCAACUAUAAUGGGAAUGCAAACUUCUGGAAACCAAAUAAUGAAUCAACAUAUGUCUCAAGGAGUAAUGACCUCACAGGCCAACAUGAUGGCUACACAAGGCUCUAAUAUGAUGAGCCACAUUCAGACCACUGGCCCACAGAAUGCUGGUAUGAUGCAGACCCAAAAUAUGGGCAUGAUGCAACAAGGUGGCCCACAGAACAUGCAAGGGAAUCUCCAGAGUAUGAUGCAACAAGUUGCACCACAAAGUCAGACAAUGAUGCAGAGUGGAGGGGGCCAGAACCCUGGAAUGACACAAAACGUGGGGUCUCAGAAUGCUAACAUGAUGCAACAAAAUCAAAACAUAAUGCAGGCUACGGCUUCCCAAAACAAUGUAAAUAUGAUGCAGGCCGGUGGCCCACAGAACCCCAACAUGAUGCAGACUGGCGGGCCCCAAAACCCCAACAUGAUGCAGACAGGUGGGCCCCAAAACCCCAGCAUGAUGCAAACAGGUGGACCCCAAAAUCCCAACAUGAUGCAGACUGGCGGGCCCCAAAACCCCAACAUGAUGCAGACUGGCGGCCCACAGAACCCCAACAUGAUGCAGGCAGGUGGCCCACAGAACCCCAACAUGAUGCAGACUGGCGGGCCCCAAAACCCCAACAUGAUGCAGGCUGGUGGCCCACAGAACCCCAACAUAAUGCAGACUGGCGGCCCACAGAAUCCCAACAUGAUGCAGACAGGUGGGCCCCAGAACCCCAACAUGAUGCAGGCAGGCGGGCCUCCAAACUCUGUCAUGUUGCAGCCAGGCAUGAGUGGGUCCCAACAAGCACAGCAAUCUCAGCCACCAACCUCUCAACAGACACAGUUCUCUACUCAGCCCUUCCUUGGUGACCUCCAGAACCAAAUGAACCCGAUGAACCAAAACCAACUCCCCAUGGUGCCAGGACCUCGGGACAGGAAAAUCAUCUGGUCAGGAACCCUUGAGUAUCAGGACCGAAACAUGCCAUCAUCUAAUCAAAGAAAUGUUACUUUCCUGCUCAACUGCAAUGUUUCUGUCGAUGUUCAAGACAAUGAUAUAUCAACAGCCGACUGGCCACCUAAACUGACCAUUCAACUAUUGCCACAACCCAUGCUGUCCAGUUUACAGGCCCUGUGUAAAAACUCACGCCAAGUAUUCUUCCACUUCCCAAACAACAAUGCCAAUCCUAACCCAGCUGCUCUCCAGAAUCUCUACACACUCAUGGGGCAUGGAUUUGCUGGCUGUGUUAGAUUUCAUGUUCAAUCUACUGGCACCAAAAUUAUUCUGCUUAUGUACAGUGCUAAGAAGAAAUCAUUUAUUGGUCUCAUCCCCAAUGAUCAAAAUGGUAUUGUCCAAGGUAUCAAGACUCUUGUUGCUCGCUACAGACAAAAGCAACAACAGGUUGCAACUACAUCUAUGGCUGUAGCUAAUGGGAGCAAUCAGGCUGUCAUGCAAAACUCAGUUAUGCCCCCUGUUCCGUCUGGACCAUCAGCUGGAAAUUUAAAUACAGGGGGAAUGUUGCAAAGCCAGAUCCCAAUGUCAGUUAACUCUGGCCAACAACAACAACAAGUGACACAGCAGACACCCCAACAGCAGCAACAGCCGCAGCAGCAGCAACAACAACAACAACAGCAGGGCCAGCCAGCACCAACCCAAUCAAGACAAGCUAAUUUGCAGAUGAUCCAGAGUCUCCAGAAUGACCUGCAAGCAGCCAAACAGCGAGAGCUCCAGUUCCAGCAACAGACAUCCCAGGGUGUGGACCAGAAGAAGGUCAUCAUGGCCCAGCAGCAACAACAGCAACAGCAGAUGCUAGAGGAACAUAUGUAUUACCCCAGUCAUCACCACUACCUCUAUCAUGCACAUCGAGCUAAAAUUCAGCAACAACAACAGCAACAACUGCAGCGAAUCCAAAUGCAGCAGCAACAGCAGCAACAAAUGUCAAACCCACAGCUCCGACAUCUUCUUGUCAAUACUCAACAACAACAACAACAACAGCAGCAGCUUCGUCAACAACAGCUGAUGAUGAUGAGAGGUGGAAACCCCCAAGGUCAAGGUAAUGUGAUGGGUCCUGGUGGCCAGGCCGGAGGUGUGAUGGGGCCAGGUCAGCAGGGCAUGCAGGGAGCAGGGAUGGGUCAGAUGAGCAGCCAGCCAAGCCAAAACUUCAUGGAGGAUUUCAACUUGCCUGACAUCCUCUGAGUUGGUCAGACAAAAUCUCAUCUUGGUACUUUGUGAAAUCUCAAUCUUUAUUUUCUUUGUUGUUAAAAUAUUGGCUCAUGAAUUUAAUGCAACAUAUACAAGAACUAUGUGAUUGGUUGGCAUUACAAUUACUGGAUCACUCUUGCCUACUCAAGCUAUCUGAAGUCAUGCAAACAAUUCACUAAAGUUCUAACAAAUGAUCAAUGGGUCCACUAUAAAAGUAUUGAAGAGCUUUGCAUUUAUUUAUAAUAGUAAAAAAACAGUGUAGUAUGUUGUUUCAUUACGUGUUCUGUUUUAUGUUGUAAAUUUGGUUGUUUUAUUAUUGGUUGUCUGAAAAUUGCUUUGUGAAUGUUUAAAAAGAAUAAUUUAUUUAAAGUGGUUUGAAUGAGUUUUAAAAACUUCAGUGUGAUAGUAAUUUGAUUGUUGAAAACAUUUUUUUUAAAUUAUUUCUUUUGUGAUAAUGUUUGCAAGUGUUUUUAAUAGCAUUAAAUUGUACUGAACAGCUCAUCCCUAUCUGGCUGUUUCUUAUUUAUUGCAAUGCAUUAUUUACAAUGUAAAUAAAUAACAUGAUUUUACCAGAGUUUUGAAAUGACCUUGUUGACUGUUGCUUGAUAUGCAGGAAAAUUUCUUUGGAUUGUAUGAUAUGUAUUACAAGUCUAGAAAAAUGUGUUUAAUGAAAUUUUAUUUUAUGCUAUGUCAUUUGCAUGUGUGUACAUUUAGCACUGAAUGUACAAAGACAUUAAAAAGUGAUAUGCUUGUUUUUUUUGUUGGUUUAAAUAAUUUUUUUCUUCAUGCUUCUCAUAUAACUAAAUUUAUGUUUUAUAUUUACAUUCAUUAUCUCAUGUUGGCUUAACAGCCAGAUUGUAUUUAAUGUUUUGCUAUGAUUAGACCAAAUUUAUUCUGUUGGUUUUGGGAUGUUUAAAGUAGCAAUGUUGUGUUAGCUGUUUCUUCACACUUGCAUGAUGUUGUUUUGUAUGGUCUAGAGUUUCAAAAAUAUUAAGAGCAUCCAUGAAAUUGUUGCUUAUUGACACAAAUUUAAAUCAUUGCCAUGUUGUUGUCAGCAUAUGACCAGGUCACUACCCAAUGUUCCCCAACCCCAUGUUCCCCAACCCCAUGUUCCACUCUCUACACGCUGCUAUACAAACCUGUUGUUUUACUGUUAGUGUUGAUACCAAAAGUUUUUAUUUUUAAAAUAAUGAAAUAUGUUCUGCAUCAUUGUUUUUCAUGCUCGCAUAAAAUGUUUACACAUUAAACUCAAUUUCAUGCUGU